GACAAGACAAUGUUUGGGGCUUUUUGAUACAAACACUGAAAUUGCUUUACCAACUUUGACGGCCGAAAUGACUGAGCAAAUAACCAAUUUUAGUGCUUCUUUUAUGUAUGCUAUUCAUGAAUGAAUCACUCUCUCUUCUUUCUUUGUAAAAAAAGUUGAAACUUGGAAGAACUCUCCCAUGAAAAUCCCUCCCUUUCAGUCUCAAACUAAGCUUCAACCAUACCAUAAAGCAUUCAUUACUUUAAUAAAUUCCCCCACCAGCAUCAUCACCCUUAGUCAACAAACUGUUUUUCCCAAAAGCAACUCACAGAAAAAGAAAGAUAAAGAUAAUGAAGAACAACCAACGAGAAAGAAAGAAAAAGAUAGAGAUACCCAACAUUACCCAUUUUCAUUUACAUUAUCCUCUGCUUCCCCCCCUUUUCUUUCUUCCUUCUAACCCAUUAAUCUUUUUGUUCUGAUUGUUUGUUUUUUCAUCAGUUUUUCAGGUCUGUGCAAUUGGAGUGCGAUCUUCAGGUAAUAUUGUGCUUGUUUCUAACAUAUUCCUUCUAAACACUUGUUUCUGUUGUCUCCGUCCCCCAACUGUUUGAUAAAAUGCCACACCGAACAGUUUCGUGGAUUCCGGGGAAGCAUUUGAUCUGUGUUGUACUAAUUAGUUAGAAAUCACCUGUUUCUCUGGAAUUCUCUCCUGUUUCAUUGGAGGGUUGAUUGUAAUUUGUAAUAGUCGAUUAAUUUUCCUAGAACAUUGAUGGGGUCAGGGUCUUAUAGCAGCCCUAAAACUUGGAUACCAUAUAUGAGCAACAAAGAUUGCUCUCAAGGUUUCUGUAGUGUAUAUUGUCCUCAGUGGUGCUAUAUCAUGUUUUCACCUCCACCACCCUUGGAGUUUCCAGAUGAUAAUUCAGGCCCAAAAUUUUCACCUCUUAUUAUUGCAAUUAUUGGAAUUCUGGCCAGUGCUUUCCUUCUUAUAAGCUAUUACACUAUCAUUUCAAAGUACUGUGGCAACACAAAUCGCUUAUCUGGAACUGGAAAUCAUGACCCAAGUGAGGAAUAUGAAGAUAAUCACAACCCAACACUUCAUGAGCCAUGGCAUAUUGCCACAGCUGGCUUGGAUGAAGCACUUAUCAAGUCCAUUACGGUUUGCAAGUACAAGAGAGGAGAUGGGUUGGUUGAAGGCUCUGAUUGCUCUGUUUGCCUUAGUGAGUUUCAAGAAGAUGAGAGCCUUAGGUUGUUGCCUAAAUGCAGCCAUGCUUUUCAUCUUCAAUGCAUUGAUACUUGGCUUAAAUCACACUCCAAUUGUCCGUUAUGUCGUGCUAAUAUCGUUUCUAUCAAUGCCACUUCUCCAAUUCAACUCCCUCCAAGAGCUGCACAUCCCAUAACUAAUGAGACCAUGCCAGAGACUUCUCAGGCAAAUGACCAUGAGGCUGCUUCACAGGAUUCUGGACGAAGUUUCAGGAAUGAAGAUGCAAUGCAAGGAAGUAAUUGUGCGAAAAGCUCAAUUCGCGCUUUAAGUGACCUUGGAAAUCUGGAGAAAAGAGAUACUAUCAUUGAGCUUAGAGAUGGAAGAUUGCAGCAAAUUAGAAGGUCAAUUUCAAUGGAUCAUUGCAGCCAAAACCAUACUAUUAUCGCGGAUGUUCUACGUUUAAAUGAACAUGAGUUUGGAGAUAUUGAUGAAGCAGGAAGUUCAGGUGAUGUUGGAUCAUCUAAACAUUCAUUGGGAGAAGACGGCAGGUCAAGUCAUAGAAACAGAAUCUUGCAGUGUGUGAUGAGUCCUGUUUCAAUGAAGAGAUCAUUUUCAAGUGGAAGAUUUUCUUUCUCCAAGCAUGGAAGAGAACACAGGGGAAUUGCCCCUGUCUGAAAUUUUACAACAAAGAAUCAGAAUGAUUUGCAGUUUUGAUGAGGAACACCACACCAGAGGAUUUUAAGAAAUGAACAUACACCAUGUGAGUUGUUUAGCUGCUUUCAAUGAUUUCCCUUUAUGGUUAUUUAUGGGUUUUAGUGAAAGAAAAGAUCAUCCCUGGCUUUUUCUUUAUCAUUCAACUGUCACAAGUAUGUCUGAUGCACCGAUAUUUUUCUUCUUCCAUCAAUUAUUUGACUGCCUUUGCAUUGCUUCUAUGGAGAUUAUUACAAGAUCUUUCUCUCUC